GAUUAAUGAAAAAGAUAUGUAGAUGGGACUAUCUUGGUUAGCGCCAUCUAAGGACAUCAAAAUUAUAGAUGGCGUCAACAAGUAGAGGUGCUAAUGUGACCUGCCCCAGUCACCCAGAUGCUAUCCUGGUGGAGGACUACCAUGCUGGGGACAUGAUCUGCCCAGAAUGUGGACUGGUUGUGGGAGACAGAGUUGUUGAUGUGGGUUCAGAAUGGAGAACAUUUAGCAACGAGAAAGAUUCCAAAGAUGCUUCUCGUGUUGGUGGACCAGAGAAUACAUUGCUUGGAGGCAGUGAUCUCUUUACAGAAAUUACCUACACAGGAGGAGAGGCCAGUGUUGAUGACCAAGGGAGACCCACUUACAAAAACAGAAAAACGAUGAGCAGCUCCGAUAGAACUUUACUGAAUUCCUUUAGAGAGAUUUCCCAGAUGGCAGACAGGUUAAAUCUGCCAAGGAUGAUAGUAGACAGAGCUAACACACUGUUCAAGCAAGUUCAUGACAGCAAAUCACUGAAGGGAAAAAGUAAUGAUGCCAUUUCCUCUGCAUGUCUGUACAUUGCCUGUAGACAGGAAGGUGUACCCCGCACUUUCAAAGAAAUAUGCGCUGUUUCUAAAAUCUCUAAGAAAGAAAUCGGAAGAACAUUUAAAGCAAUUGUGAAGAAUCUGGAGACAGAUGUUUCCACCAUAACCUCUGGGGAUUUUAUGUCCCGUUUUUGUUCCAAUCUUGGUUUACCAAGUUCAGUCCAGAAGGCAGCCACAUAUAUAGCUAAGAAAGCAGUGGAACUGGAUUUGGUGUCAGGGAGAAGUCCAAUCUCUAUAGCUGCUGCUGCCAUCUAUAUGGCCUCACAAGCAUCAGAGGACAAGAAAAGCCAAAAAGGUGAGUUUUCUGCGAUAUGCUGUGAGUAG